AUGCCGAUGAUGUUUGAGGGUGGUGUAGAGCCAAUGGAAGCUGACGACUACAUGGACCAAGUGGAAACCCACUUGACUUCUAUGGAUGUGACGGAUGAUCAUUCAGUCACCAAUCAGCACAAAGUUGAGGAGAUGAGUUGGGAGAUGUUCAAGGAGUUGUUCUAUGAGAAGUAUUUUUCGGAUACCAAGAAGUGGGAGCUAAGAAAGCAGUUUGAUGAUCUCAUCAGAGGUAAUAUGUCAGUGACGGAAUAUGAGAACAAGUUCACUUCUCUUUCUCGCGUUGCUCCUGAGUUAGUGAGAAAUGAGGUUGACAAGACAAGGAAGUUUGUCUCUAGCCUUCAUUAUCAAAUAAGGCCGUUGAUAACGGCUCAAUACUUCAAAGUUUAUGCGGAGACAGUGGAAAGGGCAUUGAUGUUAGAGGCGGAGGCUAAAGAUAGGAAUGCAGGAAGGGAGCAGUGGAAGCAAAAGAAAAAUACAUGA